CGCGCCGCGCGACCCCACCGUACGUGUCGCCCGCGUGCGUCCAAAACACGCGAAGUGCCAAAAAGUGCAAACUUAGUGUCAGUGAAGUUUACAAGGAUUGAGGAUUCGUGCUGUUUAUUGUGUUGAAUUUCGUUUAAGCUACAAAAAAAGAAGUAGAAGUUUGGAAAACAAAGGAUAAGCGUUUGCUUAGGUGCUCGUGACAGGUGAAAAACUUGUUGUCAUUGUCUUGUCGAUAAGUCAACGGAAUAUACUGAUUUGGAUGGUGUGACAACGAUGGAAUAAAGUCUGGAAAAGCAAUAUGCGGCGCAGUGAGCGGGGCGGCCGGGCGGCGUAGAGAUGCGCUCCAAACAGCAGCCGCGACCAUCGUACCGCUGGCUCAACACUAACGAAAACGAAGAAGCCACCAGUCCGGACGGCGUGAAAGAACGAGUGGAGGGGGACGCGUCCCCCGCGUCCCCCGCCUCGCGGUCCCCCGCGCCGCGCUCCCCCGCCCCCGACGCGGACAUCGAGCACAGCAUACCCGCGACGCUGAUUCAGGACCCUAAUGCUGAGAGGGAGAGCCCGCGAUGUCUGUCGCGGGAGUCGUCGGGCGCGCCGCGCUGCCCCUCCAGCGAGCCGUACCGCGCGCCCCUCCUCCCCGCCGCGCUCACGGCCGCCCUCCCCGCCGCGCUGCUGCCCCCGCACUCCGCCGCCGUCGCCGCGUACCUCGGCGCCGCCGCCGCCGCUGCACAACAACGCCUCCUCAUGUCAUGCCAGGAAGACAUGACCGAUUCCGAGCGCGCCGACGCUCUAGACUUUAGCACCAAACGCAGCGACUCGCCCGUCGACGACGACGACGAUGCCGUCAACCUUAGCAAAACGCCCGAAAAUGGACCGUUAGAUUUAUCAGUUGGCACGCGCAAAAGAGGACCCGAAGAUUCACCUUCGCCGGUCCCCACUAGAAAAAGUUCGAGAACGGAGCUUAAGCCUAGUCCUGUACCUUGGAGUACGCCAGUAGCUCCACAUUUGCCAUAUUUCGCGGCCGCAGCCGCCGUAGCUGCGGCUAGUCUGUCUCCGAAAGGUGGGAUACCGGCAGAAUGGAAUGGAAGACUGAAGCACGGCCCGACACCGAGCGAUGCGACGAAAGCGCUCGAGAAGAUGAGCGAGCUCAGCAGACUGGGCGGCGAAGAGUUAUUCCGAUCUGUACAAAGCGCGGCUUUAGGCGCCGGCUUAGCUCCUAACUCGGCCGCCAGACACUCCGCCUGGCAGUCGCACUGGCUCAACAAAGGAGCUGAUCAAACUAAAGACGUUCUAAAAUGCGUCUGGUGCAAGAAAAGCUUCAAUUCUCUCGCCGAUCUAACAGUACAUAUGAAAGAAGCGAAGCAUUGUGGCGUCAACGUCCCGGUUCCGUCGUCAACCGGCGCUCCCAUGCCGCCAUCUCUACACCCACCUUCGAGCUCGCCAUCCACACCUUCGCACAACUCAUCAUCGUCGAGCAGUUCGUCAAAACCCAGUCAGAGCGAUCUAAAUUUACUUAUAAAAGAAAAUAUGCCGAUUCCGAGAAAACUAGUCCGAGGCCAGGAUGUCUGGUUAGGCAAGGGCGCCGAGCAGACUAGACAGAUUUUAAAAUGCAUGUGGUGCGCCGAGAGUUUCCGCUCGCUGGCCGAGAUGACAAGCCACAUGCAGAGGACUCAACAUUACACCAACAUCAUAUCGCAAGAGCAGAUUAUCUCCUGGAAGUCCUCCGAUGAAGCUAAAGGGUCGAGCGCGAGCAACGCGCCCAAUAAUCCCGCCCCGCCGACCACAGGCACUAGUAGCCACGUCAGCGCCGUUUUAACUUGUAAGGUUUGCGACCAAGCAUUUAGUUCCUUGAAAGAGUUAAGUAAUCAUAUGGUUAAAAAUUCACAUUACAAAGAGCACAUUAUGAGAUCGAUCACCGAGAGUGGGGGUAGGCGACGACAGACGCGCGAAAAGCGAAAGAAGUCACUUCCAGUUAGAAAGCUACUAGAGUUAGAGCGAGCGCAACAUGAGUUCAAAAACGGGGACGGCAACGGGGUACCCAUGGGGAAACCGAUUAGGGACUUUGGCGCGGGCAGCCGAAUUUCAUGCGAAAAAUGCGGUGAUAAAAUUGAGACCGCCGUGUUCGUUGAGCAUAUACGACAGUGCAUAGGCGCGCCGAUGUCUAAUAGCCAAAGGAAUUUUCUGAAGAGCGCGCUGCUCACCAAUAGCAUCAUCCCGCCCGACGUGCCCGGCCACGUGACCCCCACCGGCCGCGACGGCCGCAAGAGCAUCAACGACGAACUUCCCUCUCCUGGUUCAGCCCACCAUCGCUCCCCCUCCUCCGUGAACGAUUCCUCCCCGAGUUCCAAAGACCCUAACGCGAGCAACGACAAGAGCUCAUCGCCUUCGGUCCUCAACGCCAUAGAACAAUUGAUAGAAAAGAGUUUCGACACGCGAUCGCGUCACACUGUACCUGGCAUGCCAGGCGGAGCUUCUCACGCUCCGAUCGGUUCUAGCAUUCUUAAAAGAUUAGGCAUAGAUGAGAGCGUAGACUACACUAAACCGCUGGUCGAUCCGCAAACGAUGAGCAUGCUUAGGAGCUAUCACCAUCAGCAGGGGUACGGGCGCCGCGAGCGUAGCGGGAGCGAGUCGAGCUCGAUGUCCGAGCGAGGGGGCAGUCGGGUCGAAUCCCUCACCCCCGAUAGAAAACUUGACGCUUACCACAUGACCCCACGCACCACCCCAGACACUCGCGGCUCCCAAACACCCGCUUCCGAAGACCGCCCCGCCGAAGUUAGAAUAAAAAAAGAAGUAACUGAAGACGACGAUCGCGAAAACGGGGUAGAUUUGAGUAGCCAGCCGGUGCGUGUCAAAACCGAGGUCGAUGAGGACGAGGAGCCUCCCAGGCCGAACAGUUCGCACGAGGACGGGAAAGUUGUCCCCAAACGCGAGAGCGAGGGCUCCAGCCCCGCGGCCAGCCCGCGCAGCCCGGCCAGUGACCGCUCGGGACACACCCCGGGGGUGGAUAGGAAGCCGGCUUCCAGUUUAGGCGCGUUGUCUUCUAUGUUCGAUAAUCUCGCUAGCGGAGGGUCUUCGGCCGAGCCUAGCUCCUCCCGUCGCAGCGGCAGUCACCCUUUAGCCGCGCUUCAAAAGCUUUGCGAUAAAACAGAGACUAGUACUUCCCGCGCGCCCGCGCCGGCUCCAUCCCCCGCCGGGCCCCCGAGUAUUCUUACAUUCAGCUGGGCUUGUAACGACGCCGUCGUGACUGAUUCCAUCAUGAAGUGCGCUCUGUGCGACACGCCAUUCGUCUCGAAAGGGGCGUAUCGGCACCACUUGUCCAAGAUGCACUUCGUGAAGGACAGCGCCAUGCCGGAGCCAGUCCCGAUCAAGGCCACGCCGCCUGCCGGGUCGCCGAGCGCGCAUAAGAGCGGCGGCUCCACCGCGGCCUCCCCGCAAGACCCGCGCAGCCCGUCGCAAGCCUUCGACGAGAGCCCGCACUCCAAGUUCCUCAAGUACACGGAACUGGCGAAGCAGCUCUCCAGCAAAUACGUGUAGACGCGUUUGUGAUCAUACCAUAUCCCGCAUAACCCGCUAAGGUUAGGUUCGCUCCGGCGACGAUAAGUAUUUCGAAACUCUUUGCCAAUUUAAUUAUUUAGGUAAUUGUUAGUCACCGCAUAGUUCGGUUAGUGUAAUUAACGAUUAGCGACUUAAGUAUACGCCAAACGUCUUACGUUCAUUUAGGGUAAGGAGAUAUUUUCAAUAAUGCCUUUAGGUGACGAUCGGGAGCUAUCCUCCACCCACGUAUUCCAUUCGCGAACUGUAAAUAAUAAGUCACGUUAAGUCAUAAAGUUCGAUUCGAUCUCUUGUAAAUGUAUUUUUGCUAUCGGGGUAGCGCGCGCGGUGCGGCUCAGUAUUUUGGAAUUCGUUGCAAUAUCAUUUGUGUUACUUAAUUUACUUGUAUCAGAGUUAGGGUUAACUUUUAGUUUAUUCUAUGUAUAUUUUGAAUUAUCUCUAGGUAAUCUCGGAGAUGCAAUCUCUUCUGUUGUUACAGGACAAGUCUCCCUAGUGUACAUUCGGCCUAGUUACAUUUCGCCCCGGGAAAGCUAUUUAUUGUUUAGUGUAAGUGCUCUAGACUGCGUCUGUGACUCAUGUAUACCUUAUACCGGCGCAUAAUCGGUUGUCCAAACCGCUAAGAUAUUUAAAACAAGUGAUAAUACGAGAAUACGAGUUAUACAGUUUUUUCUUUAAAAAGGAACGACUACGUACGUAUACGUUUAGACCUUCAGUAAAGUUAAUAUCUUCCAUUGUAACAGUUAUACGAGUGUAUAUACGGACUAGUGAGUGAAGACUCUGUUAUAUUUAAAUAAAAAUAUUGUAAACUGUCUAAGUGUAAGUUUCAGACGAUAUCAGAAAUUAACGUUGAAUCUUCGUCGCAUAACUUUAGAAUUUUAUCAGCAACUCCAGUAUACGAAAUGUUUUUGUCUUUUUUGGAAUUUUUGAUAAUUUUUUUGUUUUUCUUUCCUCUAAAUUUAUGCGGCGGAUGUGCAAUUUUUGAAUUCAAAAAUUGAAUCUAUAAAUUUAUCAUUUUAACGAUAAUACAUAAUGAACAUACGAACUUUAUGUAAUGUAUACGCUGGCUCUGAUGAGGAAUUUUUGCUCAUUCUUAAAAUGGUGUUGAAAUAUUGAUUUUACCAAAUUUAAUAAUCUUAUUUAAUAUUUUUAUGUUGUAUUUCAAAAUGCAAUUAAAAGCUCAAAGAAAUAUAUAUGUUACAUACUUAAA